AUGCAGGAGGAAGAAAAGUCUAUCGUUGAGUUAUUAAAUUUAAACUACGGUCUUUUUUAUAGAAAUAGACGCUUUAUACCAUCUAAUCCAAUUUUUGACGGUGGAAAGCUGAAGCUUGAAAAAUACUCUGAUGAUUUAUUAGUCUACAAGCCAAUUAAAAAUGGCGUAAAUUCACAUGAAGGAUGGGACAUUUUCGAAAAAACAUUUUCCACAUUAAUUACUCAAUCUUCCAAACCUAUAGAGUCCCAAGAAAAAACAUUUAAUCUCUCGAAAAAUGAUAUAGGACUAUUGAUUCCAAUUUUAAUCAUUGAAUAUCGCGGUGAGGCUAAUGAGUCUUUUCAAUCAAUCAUAAAUAAACCAUCGCAAUCAAAUGUACCAGAUUUUAGAUGGAUUGGUGAAUUUUUUGCGAAAAAAGUUUUAGUUGGGGGAGCUCUAGUAAUAAAAGAUGCUUUUCAAUAUUCAUAUAAUUCUUUGGGGAAAUUAAAGUCAUUAAUUAUUAAGUCAAUCAAUAAAUUUCGAUAUGGUAAUAAAAAUUCAUUCAAAAAGACGGUGACAGAUUCGGAGCAACUGUCUAUUUUUAUUGAAGAUCUGGACGGAAACUUGUUAAAAAACACGGAAACGAUGCAUAUUAUUCAACAAUUGUAUGAAUUUAAGGAGGCUAAUGUGAUUACUUAUGAAGAGGUGAUUCCUACUUAUAUCUUUCUGGAUACCGAAAAGCAACAAAAAAGUUUUAAUAAACGUCUUGUGCCGGGAAUUUCUACUUACCAUAAAGAAUAUAGUAUGAGUGUUUGGAUAGGGAUCCAACAGCUGAUCAGAAAAUGUAAAUUAGAGCAUGGAUUGGUAAUUAACGCAAAUGAAUUCAUUUCUAGCUUAUGUCCUGCUGUAGAACUAAAAUUGGAGCCCUUAAUCAAGCUUCUUGAUACAGAAACUAAACUCAAUAUUUCACAUUUGUCGACACAAAAAGAAUUACUUUAUAUAACUAGUUGUAUUGACAUUUUUAAUAAUAAAUGCAACUUAUUGGAUAAGAUUUUGGAUGAAAUGCAUAUUGAUUAUCAAAAAUCUGCUGAAUUGCAAAUCAACCCCAUUCAUUGUAGCAUCAUUUGUGAAAAAAUAGAAAUAGACAUUGAGGAUGUAAUUGAACCAUCUCAACAAUUAAAAACUGAAAUUGAAGAAGCUUUGAAGAAAAGCAAUCCCUAUAAGGAAUUAGAAAGAGUUUUUGCAAAAUACGGGCAUGUCUUUUGUAUAAAAUUCUCUAUGGGUGGAAGACUAACAAAGCUAAACGAAUUUUCGCUCACUGAAUACAAAUUCAAGAAUGUGUCAAAUAACAAAUUUGAAGACUUCGAAAGCCAUCAAGAAACUCUAAAUGCAUGGAUAAACCUUCUCGAUCGAUUUAAAAUGGAUAAAAAUAUGUACAUCAUUGAAGAAAGUUUAUCACAUGCAGUAGCAGUUUCAAAUGAUAAUAUUGAUGAUUGGGCAAAGUCGAUUUCAAAGAAUCUGGAUUCGUGGCAAGUUGUUAAUUGCCAGCAGUUUAUACCUUUAUAUAAGCUUUUUAAAGAUAAUAGACUUCAAAAAGAAAUUGAGUUCUUGUAUAGUAAUGAAAAUAGAAUUUUAAUGACUGGCAUUGCUAAACUUAAAAAUAAUAAAAUUAGAUAUUAUUAUGAAAAAUUUAAUCAACCUUUAGAAAGCGACGAAUAUCAAAUAAUUGGAUCUAUAAUUUCUGAUAGCUCAGAAGUAAAUUUAACAGUGAGCUUUCAAAUGCUAACUGUUUCAGGAUUUUCAAUUGUUAUUGAAGAGCUUGAUAAUAAAACUUCAACGAAGCCGAUUGCCAAUGACCUGAAAGUCUAUUGGCAAUUGAUUGGAAACCCAUUAUCUGUUAAAUAUUUUAACAAAAAUAAUAGAAAUAUCCGAAUUAUAAGUGGUAAUAUCCCAAAUAUUAAGCUUACGCGAGAAAAAAAUGAUCAAAGGAUUGAUAUAGAAAAAACAGGAGACAAUUUUACAUCAGAUUGUGUUAUCGCAGCUUCUUUUAAAUUUUCCUCAAUAAACUUUAGACCUAAACUUGAAGUAAUUUUGAAUUCUUGGUCAGAUAAAUGUAUCAAUUUAAAUAUUAUUAACCACUCAUUUAAAGAAAUUAAUAUAUAUUUUGAAAAUGAGCCUCUGGAACUUGAAAAAAUUAAUUGUAAUUUGAUAUGGUAUGUUAUUUAUACAACGCAACAGGAAACAAUUACAGACGAUGAACUACAUCAAAUACCUUGGAAAUAUCUGGGUCAAUAUCUCAAUAAAGAAAAAAAGGAACUCACCGAUGAUGCGACAAAUGAAAAGAAUUCACUUGGAGAAAAGUGUGGAAAGUUCAACAUGUUAUCAAGAAUAGUUAAUGCCAUACAAAUUGUAGGCGAUUCCAUUCAACCUUUUGUUCCAUUAUUCAGCAUGGUCACAAACAUCGUGGUGAUGAAUGAAGUGGCAGCAUUAGCAUCAAGCAUGGAGAAUCUGAACACACAGGCCAGCAAAUCAGCAGUCAGGGCCACCAUAGUGAGAACACCUUUGAACGAGGCAUACAAAGCACCCAUGGUGGACCCGAAUCAAUUAAUUGAACCAUUUGCAUCAUAUGACAAUGUUCGUGGCAGUAGAAAAACUGUGGUUAAAAAAUUGUUUCAUGGACUUGAAGUUGCUUGUAAAAAAGUUACAAAUAUCGAAAAUAACGAUGUAGCACAAUCACAAAAAGACAGCUUUGAGGCUAAACUCUCGAUGAAUCGUACUGUUCAAGGAUUAUCUGCGGAAGUUGAAAACUUGUUAGAUAUCGUAAGGUGGUUAGCUCCCGAAAAAAUGAGUGUAACAAAAAAUGGUGUUGGACAACGAUAUAAUCAUCAAUGUGAAAUGUUUAGAAAGUUCUUAAUUGGAAUAAUCUUAUUUAUAAAAGCUUGGCAAGAUGAACCUUCCGCACGUCCUUCAGAUUUAGAAGUACAAUUGAAAUUAAAAGAACUUUAUGAACGGUUUCAGGAAACUUCUCCUCAGAUACGUCCUAAGGAUCCUUAUUGUGACAUUGAAAUUCUGGAUCUUGAAUUGACCGAAUCACAAAUUGAAAUGUCUU